AUGGCGCUGGAGCUGGUGCUGAGCGAGGCCUGGGUCCGGGAGCAGCCGGCCCUUCGCGGCCUCCAGCCAGAACAGGUGGAUUCCCUCUCCCUGCAGGGAACUUAUGCAGGCAAAAUAAUCUCCUUGGGAGAUAGUCUGAAAUCUUUUAAAAAUCUCCAGUCUUUAGAUUUGUCAAGAAACCUGCUUGCGAGCUUGGAGGGUCUUGAGUCUUUACAGUCACUGGAGCAACUGAGUUUGUAUUAUAACCACAUUUCAUCCUUGUUGGAGGUAGCCCGUCUCCAAACUUUGCCUCGCCUGAGAGAACUGGAUCUUCGUCUCAACCCAGUAACCAGGAAGGAGUCUGAAUAUCGAUUGUUCACAGUGCACAGAUUACAAGCUCUGGAAAAACUAGAUGACAGAACUGUCAGGGAGAAUGAAAGAAAAGCUGCCCACCUGCAUUUCAGCCUUAAGAACAAAGAAAAUUUGCCUCACAAAGAAAAAUCAAAAGAACAUACGGUGAGGAGUCCAGUACUAGACCAAGAGAUGUUUGCAGUGUCCAACUUGGAUAAAGAAAGCGUUCGAACACUUAUUGAAUCAGAUCUAAGCCAGUCAUCUCAUUACCAUGUGCCAUAUCAUGAUGGAAAGGCCUCUGUGAGAGUUUCAGCUCCUUCCAUAAUGCAAACCAGCAAGCAAACCAAAGAACACAAGCCACAUAGGCUCCAAGCACAGGUAGAUGAUGCAAAGGGAAGACAUUUUCAGAGUCCGAAUCCCUUGGACAGUGAGCAUAAGCCCCUUUCGUCAUCCCCUCAAGCCCGAUCUUCCUUGUGCUCCCCAGUAAGAAGCAGAGCUCGGUCUGGUAAGAGAGCCUGUCACGUGUCCUUUUCCGAAGGAGAAAAAGAGACAGGACGGAAGUUUGACAUGUUGGACAUUGGCCGGGAUGCUUCUCCAACCAGGAGACAACCUUUGAAUGAUGCAAGGAAGCCUAACUCCCAUGGGGUAGCCAGAGACCUCAGGCUUGAUAGCUAUGAGUGUUCAUGCCUUGCAUCUUGUACUGCUCGUAAGGAGUUUCUUAAGAGACUUGCAGAUGACAGGAAAGCAGCAGCCGAUGUCCAUAAUUAUAUCUCCAAGGUUGCUAAGGAAGCCCUGGCCGCUACCCGUUCCUCAUGUGGUGAUUUCCUGGGACAGUACUUGGAAAUGGACUCCGAUCCGGAAAGUUCUUCAAAACACAGUUCAGAUGCAAAGCUGAACAGUUACUUUCUUCCAGUAUCCAACCCUACCUCUGCAAACUUUGGGAACAUCCACUCAAAAUGCAGACCUUUAUCAGAUGAGAUACCACCUGAGGAUUCACAGCCCGCUUCUGCACCUGCACCGAUCUCUGUGGCCAGGAAACAGCAAGAACUUCCAGUCAGCCGCUCUCUCAGCCCUUUGAGAGUGGGGUGCAGACAAAGCAGGAGCCCCACGCGUGGCUUUAAAGAGGCAAAUAAGGAGCAUCCACGCAACGAGCAGAAGAGCAGCCAUAUCUGGACAGAAAGUCCCCUUGGUACUGAGAAAAGUUCUCCUGUCAUUGAUGUCCUGCGGCAACUCUUGGAACUUGUGGAUCGCUACUGGAGUGGUUCUGGCUCCCUUCUCUUCAAUAAGGAUUUUCUCGCUCCAGCCCGUGACUUGCUGACGUAUCUGAUGGCUGCUGCAUCUACACAACAGGACGUUUCCUCUGCUGCCCUACUCACACCAAGUUCAAACUCUCAGAAGCCAGAGGAGAGCCAGGCAGCAUCCUUCAAAGAACUGAGCGGGGAAGCAAGUGCAGCUUUGAAUUAUGAUCCCCAGGGCAAACAUUCUUUCUCUUAUGAUGAGCUGCUAAGUAGGAACGAACAGCUGAGUGCCCAUGUGGAGAUCUUAACUUCGGAAUUAAACCAGCUUAAAAAUCAACAGGAUACCAUCAGUCUACUGCGGGAGAGUCAAAAGUCUCUGGUUUCCACAAACAGCUUUCUUCUCCAGCAACUGAACAGAGAACAGGGCCCUUCCUCAGCCAAAGGAGCUCUUUCGGAGAAGACCGCCUCUUCUGCCAAGGUACCUGUCUAUGAGAGAACAUCACACCACAUUCCUUCCUUCUCUACCUUUGGCUCCAGUCAACUGUGCAGUUCCCAGCAGCUCAGCAGCUGCCCUCUCUGACAGAGAACACGGAAGUACCUUCCUGUGCUGAAUACCUCAUGAAUUAUGCUUCAUUUCACAUAAGUAUAGCAUGAAAUGAUGUGUCUGCAGUUUGCGGCUUUUAUUGAUGUGGUGUCUUUGACCUGGUUUUAAUCUUAGCAGAGAGAGAGCUAAGCUGCUGCUCUGAGGGCACAAGAAGAUGUUCAAACUUGGUUUGUUCCCAACACAUUAAGGAAAGAAGAGAGACUGCCUCGUCCACCAGAACCGGUCUCAAUUUUCCAGUAUUCUAAAUUCAGGCCACAUUUCCAUAUUUAUUUUUGUGUUUGUUCUCUGCAGUCCAAAGGUCUAAGUUAGUAUAUCCCAAGACUCUGUACUGGAAUCAGAUUGGCAACUAGCCUGGGCAUUUUAGUACUGGUCUUCCUCUCCCUUCUCCCCUUUGUAUACAAGGCUGGCAAAAACAGCAGGAAGACCAAAGCUCCCUUCUCUCCAAGAUAGGAAAGGCAGCAGCAGUGAGAAGGAAGAGCCUUCCCUAGCCAAAGAG